GCUACUUUUAAAUUAGAAUUAAAACAAUACAAGGUGCUCUUUAGGCCAAUAAAACCCUCAUCUUUGAGGUGGCGUAUGCGUUAAUCUGAGCGUUGUUAACGAUAUGAAGCCUCAGUUCUUUGUGGUUAUAUGUGUAUUUAAAGUGGCUUCUAUCACCUACUUUUACCUGAGUGGUGAUUACAGAACGCAAACAUGGCUGAGAGAUAUACCGUCGCCUGGAUUGACAAAUGUACUUUCCAAUAGGACUAACCACAAGGGGGAACGAGCAGAGAACUCAAACUCGAGUGCGGAUUUUAUUAAAAAGAUAAAGGUAACGGUUUUUAUUGGGAUAAUCACAGCACCUAAACGUAUAGACCGGCGGACAGCUAUCAGAGAAACUUGGUUAACAACACUCGAUCACUACCCGGAGAUAGGGAUGGGUUUUUUUACGGAUGGACUUGGACUAAGUAAGGAUGAAACCUUUGACCUGCAACAAGAGCGAGCGAAGUAUGGCGACGUGGAAUUUCUACCCCUAAAAGGUGGAGUGCGAUUUACACAUCGCUUAUUGUGGAUGAUGUUUUUGGCUCUUGAAAAAUAUGAUUUUAAAUUCAUUCUUAAAGCUGACGACGAUUAUUUUGUUUGUUUGGAGCAUUUGAACUUCGAUAUCCGCUCCAGACUGCAAGAAAAGUUCUUAGUCUGGGGGUGGUUACACUGUGAGCGCGGUUCCCAGUGGACUGACGAAGGCCUCAUCAUAUUCGGCCGAGAUUUUGUCGAUGAAAUCGUCAAACGAAAUCAAACAUUACAGUGCCACCCGUUCGGGGACCAAGCAAUUGGCUUAUGGAUAAACGCCCUGGCGCGAGAUGGAUUAGAAGUGACGUUUUUUGCUGACAACAAAAGGCUGGUUCAUUUAAAUUCACUCGAUUCAGAACCAUACGUAAAAAACAGCGAUCUCUGCACAAGGCUGCUGGGGAUCCACCAGGCGUACCCUGCACGAAUGAGAGAGUACUGGAGUUUAGUGAAGACAAACUGGUUUCACGUCAGCUUCGCCGAGGUUCCUAGGGAACCUUUUAAGUCUUAUUGUCCAUAUCCAAGAAAGUUUGAAUGGAGGUACUUUGCGUCAUCGUGGCGUCAUGAGCCGAGCCCUUGCUGGGGAAGUAAGGACGUUUGGUCGUACUUGGAGAAAUUCAAAUAUUUCUCAGGACGACAAGGAAGUAGAAAGUGAUUUUUUGUUUGCCUGAUGCCUUUUAGGGUUUCCGCGAAAUAAAAGUAACGAUUAAAAAUUUUAAGUAAAAACUACAAUGGGUAUACAGAGCAAACAUCUAUUUCUUCCUUCCAUCUUUCCGUAAAUAAAUAUUAAUGAAAAUUCUCGCCCUAUUUUGAUUAAAAACUAGAACAUCUGCUGCUAACAUAAACAUAUCGGUACUGUUUAUUGUUGGUAAACAAUCAUUUAACCUGGCUGGACAAUGUAGCAUAAACUCAUUACCAGUACGUCGAAUUAUUUUAAAUCAUCUUCGAACCGUUCCUUUUAUCUCUUUUUUUAUGUUCCCAUCGACGGAAUAAGUUCCAAAGAUUCUGAUUCUUUAUUAAACUGAAGAAGUCCUUUGUAUAAGUUCAUUGGGGAGCAGUCAUAAUUUAUUGGGGGGGGGGGGGGAGGUUACAGUGUUGAAUAUUUUUUCAGCUCAAAAUUUGACCCCACCCCCCAAUCUAAGCUCGAAAAUACCGACCCUCCCCCAAAAAGGUGACCAAAAAAUAUGACCCUCCGCCCUUAACUAAAAAAAGGUUUAUCCAACAACUUAGGCUCUGCAAACUUUUAUUGGUCUUUGUAUAGCACCCUAGCUAAUUUAUAUACAAUUAAUAAGCCCUAGCUAAUUUACCCGCAAAUGUGGCCUAGCUUAUUUAUCUACAAUUAACAGAUUAAAUAAGCCUUCAAAUGUGGCCUACCGUAUCACAAAUGUGGCCGUUAUAAAAAAUGUGGCAGUUUAUUGCAAAUGUGGCCCCAACAAGGACAACAGAUAAAAAUAAACAAUGACGAAUGCCGGCGCGCUAUAUUUAAA